AUGCGAGCAGCUGUUAAUGCAGUUCUUAAUGGUGGUACAGUUUAUCGUGUAUCUAAAGAGAGGGGAAUCAAUUCAAUGACACUUAAGAGAUAUGCAAGGAAAUGUCAACUAAAUCCAUAUACAGUCUGCAAAUCUAACUUCAUUACCAUGCAAAUCUUUACCAACGAAGAAGAAACAUCUUUAUCAGAUUAUCUUUUAAGGGCCUCAAAACUUCACUAUGGAUUGUCAACCAAAACAACACGAAAACUUGCCUAUGAAUUUGCAAUGACUCUUUCUAAGCGGAUUCCUAAAUCAUGGAAAAGUUUACAAAUUGCUGGGAAACAGUGGCUUCAUGGUUUUAUGUUACGUAGGAAUGAGUUAUCUUUACAAAAUCCAGAAGCUACUAGUAUGGACCGAGCAACUGCUUUUAAUUGUUAUACAGUCGGAGAAUUUUUCACCAAUCUAAAAGAUGUACGUCUACGACACAAGUUUCAGCCGCAAAACAUAUAUAAUAUUGAUGAGACAGGUCUCACAACUGUUCAAAAACCAGUUAAAGUAAUUGCUAAAAAAGGAGAUAAACAAGUUGGAAGGAUAACUUCAGCAGAAAGAGGGACAUUAUUAACGGUUUGUUGUGCAGUUAAUGCAAUAGGAAACUCAAUCCCUCCAUUUUUUAUUUUUCCAAGAGUUCAUUUCAAAGGAAGUAUGAUAAAUGGUGGUCCACCUGGAUGUGUUAGAGUUGCAAACCCAUCUGGUUGGAUGAAUGUUGCAACCUUUUUAGAGUGGAUGAAACAUUUUAUUCGAAAUGUGAAAUGUUCACCAGCUAAUCCAGUGCUUUUACUUCUUCACAACCACAAGAGCCAUGUUUCAAUUGUGUGUUUAAAUUUAGUUAAAAAAAAAUGGCAUAACUAUGCCGUCCUUUCCACCACAUUGUAG